UCGUUGAGUUUGAGCCUUAUCUUCUACUCACUCCCCUUGUGUCCAGCAGCGAGCAGUCCAAUCUCAAAUCCACUUCUAAAUUAAAAACCCAAUAUUCGCCUGUCCACAUGGCCUCCCAUUACAGAAGCAAGUCAACCAUGGGGACGACCAAGUACUUACACGAAGCUCCCAAAGCUUUUGAGCUGUUGACUUACAGGCUCACCCUGAGUUUGGGCCCGGUCCACUCUCUGUGUAUAAAUUCCUUGGGACCCAUCGUAGCCGACUCCGACCAAACCCAGAUAAGUCUCAGUCUCAGUCUCAGUUUCCAGAAAAAAUGGAAGGGAAGACGAGGGAAGAUUUAGAGAAGAACGGGAUGAUCGACACGUGGCUGAAGAAGCACCGUCUCCUCUACACUGGAGCGACCAAGCAUCCCUUCAUCCUCAGCAUUCGUGAUGGCACCAUCGAUCUCUCCUCCUUCAGAACAUGGCUGGGACAGGAUUACCUUUUUGUUAGGGAGUUUGCUGCUUUUGUAGCGGGCGUUCUGGUGAAAGCAUGGAAACAAUCAGACGAUAGUUAUGGUGAUACAGAAGUUAUAUUGGGGGGUCUGGCUGCACUGAACGAUGAAGUUGAAUGGUUCAAGAGAGAAGCCUCCAAGUGGGAUGUUCCACUCUCUACCAUUGCUCCUCAGAAAGCUAACGGGGAUUACUGCAGAUUUCUAGAGUAUUUGAUAAGCCCAGAAGUGGGAUAUACUGAGGCCAUCACUGCCUUUUGGGCCAUUGAAGCUGUCUAUCAAGAAAGCUUUGCUCACUGUCUAGAAGAUGGCUAUAAGACCCCGCCUGAACUACAGGAAACUUGCCAAAGAUGGGGCAACGAUGGUUUUGGUCAGUAUUGCCUCUCGCUCAAAAAAAUCACAAACCGGUGCCUGGAAAAAGCUUCAGAAGAUGCUCAACUAUUCAACGCCUCAAAGGAGGUCCUAAACAAAGCUGAAGUAGCACUCAUCCGUGUCCUGGAACAUGAAGUUGAAUUCUGGAACAUGAGCCGUGGAGGUUCCUGAAAGCUGAAAGAGACUUAAGAAACUGAACCUUGAAUAGGGGAGCUCGAGCUGCUUGUUCUUUUUCUCCAUUUGCAUUAGGACUAAAAUAGGCUAUGUUUUGUGCAUAGACUAAGAAAUGUACAUAACAUUUAUUACUAUACAGAAGCUUUCCAGCUCUAGUAUUUUCAUAUUCA